AGAUUAUAAGAACCCCCUCCUGCAUGCACUCCCCAACCCCAUCACUACUACUACUACUUCAUUCACUCCCGAGCUAGUUAUCUAGCUAGCUUCAACUCGAAUCAAGACAGAAGAAAUUAAGAACCAUGAAGAGCCAGCUUUCUCUCUUCUUCCUCCUCUCCUUCUUCUUCCUCCAGAACCCCACAACCUCGGCCCAGUCGUCGCCGGCGGCUGCUCCGGUGCCGCCCGGCCCCACCAACAUCACCAAAAUCCUGGAGAAAGCCGGGCAGUUCACGGUCCUGAUCCGCCUCCUGAGAAGCACCCAAAUGGAAGACCAGAUCAACACCCAGAUCAACAACUCCAACCAGGGUCUCACCCUCCUCGCACCCACCGACGCUGCCUUCUCCGGCCUUAAAGCCGGAACACUAAACUCCAUCUCCGACGAGCAGAAAGUCCAGCUCAUGCAGUUCCACGUCAUCCCCAAUUUCCUCUCCACCUCCAACUUCCAGACCAUCAGCAACCCGGUUCGGACCCAGGCCGGGAACACCGACGACGGCGAGUUCCCGCUCAACAUCACCACCUCCGGCAACCAGGUCAACGUUUCCUCCGGCCUCGUCGACGCCACCGUGGCCAACACGCUGUACACGGACGGCCAGCUUGCGGUUUAUGAGGUCGACAAGGUGCUUCUUCCUCAGAACAUCUUCGCGCCCAAGCCGCCGGCGCCGGCCCCAUCUCCGGCGAAGUCCAAGAAGAAGAAAUCUACAGUUGCCGCGAGCACACCUGAGGCCGUGCCGGCGGACACAUCCAGGGCAGUUCGUUUCGCCGGUCAUGGAGGGGUGUACGUUGGAGUAAUACUUGCUACUGUGGUUGCAGCAUUUUCUUUGUGACAGAAGAAGGAAAAAAAUUGGUGAUUGAUGAUUUUGAUCUGUCGGAUUGGACGGUAUUGAUCGGCGACAUGCACGAGUGAUUUUUGAAUAAUUGUUUUUUUUUUUCUCUCGAGUCCCAUUUGAUCUAUAAGUCAGUUUGUCAUGGAAACGUUGAGAAGAUGGACGGCUAAGAUUGAAUUUUUGAGCCUUUUUCUUCUCUUUCUCU